AAAGCACAUGAGAGAGGGAGUCAUUUUUAGGUCUCGCGCUCCGACGUCACCAGAACCUCGAGCCCCUGCAUGCAAAUCACGUCUGCGCUCGAGCCUCUCCAUUGGCCGUCUCGCGCUCAUUUAGCAGCUGUCAGAGCGCGCGGCCCGAGCACGCUCCAGUAACUUUUCCCAGUACAGUUUAGACCAAAGUAAAGCUCCAACAACCGGAUUCUCCCGGAUGACAGGGGAAAGGCGAAAAGGGCAAGUGCGGAGCAAGUUCACCUGUGAGCGGAUUUCACCGUGAGACAGCACCCGGUCAUCCCCUCGCUCUGUUUAGCUGCGGCGGGCCAGCCUGAAUGCUUCUCUGUGUUUGACCUACCAAGACGAGGUGAAUGUACAGCAUCAUGAUGGAAACGGACUUACAUUCCCCCAUGGUGCCCCAGACCAACCCAUCCAACCCGGGGGCACACGCGGGAGGAGGAGGCAAAGUCCCCCAGGACAGAAUCAAGAGACCCAUGAACGCCUUCAUGGUCUGGUCCCGGGGCCAGCGGAGGAAAAUGGCACAGGAGAACCCCAAGAUGCACAACUCGGAGAUAAGCAAGCGGCUGGGCGCGGAGUGGAAGGUGAUGACCGAGGCGGAGAAGAGACCGUUCAUUGACGAGGCGAAGCGGCUCCGGGCCAUGCACAUGAAGGAACACCCGGACUACAAGUACCGGCCGCGGAGGAAGACCAAGACUCUGCUGAAGAAGGACAAGUACUCGCUGGCCGGCGGGCUCCUCGGCUCCUCUGGGGGUGUAGGGAUGGGCAGCGGACAGCGGCUGGAGAGCCCCGGAGGAGGCCACGCAGGGGCAAAUGCGGGCUACGCCACGCAUGUAAACGGCUGGGCAAACGGUACAUAUUCGGGCCAGGUGGCGGCUGCAGCGGCGGCAGCUCACGCGAUGAUGCAGGAGGCGCAGCUGGCAUACACCCAACACCCGGGCGCAGGGGCUCACCCGCACCACCCGCAUCCCCACCAUCACCCUCACCACCACCCGCACAACCCGCAGCCCGUGCACAGGUACGACAUGAGCGCCUUAUCUUACAGCCCCAUCUCAAACUCUCAGAGCUACAUGAGCGCCUCACCGCCCGGAUACGGCGGGAUCACCGGCUACACUCACCAGCACCAAAGCUCCGGUGUCUCCCCCGUGUCCGGAGCGAUCGGAGGGACUCUGGGCUCCCUUGUGAAAUCUGAGCCUAGUGUGAGCCCGCCGGUUUCCACCACGCGCGCACCGCCGCCGUGCCCUGCGGGGGACCUGCGGGACAUGAUCAGCAUGUAUCUGCCGACCGGCGAGGCGGCGGGGGACUCCUCCGUUCAGAGCAGACUGCAUGUGCUCCACCCGCAGCACUACCAGAGCAGCGGCUCCACUCCGGUAAACGGGACGGUCCCUCUGACUCACAUUUAAAUCUCUAAUGUACCUACUAUAAGCACUAAAACCACGACCAAAUAUUUAAAGAUGUGGGCGCAGGCUGCUGAUGAAUUGUAAAUUAUAGGCGGUUAUAGCCAUAAAAAGCAAUCGUUUUGCUCACACUUUUUUUUUAUUGUUAUUUUUAUUUUGUUUCAGUGCUGGAUUUUUGUCUGUCCGAGCUAAAGGAAAGCGCAUCUGAUUUGCUUUUGCUCAGUGGAACAGAGCAUGCCAAGCUUUGACACGAUUUAAACGAUCCUCCGUGAAGCCUGGUGCGUGUUCAAGGUUUCCCCCGACGUUUCUGUGCACCAAGGCUCCAGCUCCUGAAAACCCGUGUAACAAACGGAAGGGUUGUGGGAGAUGGUUUUAAAAGUUUCUAGGCCACGAUUUAAAUUUCUUUCCAGUUUUGAUGCUUGUAAACAUGUGAGUCAGUCGGUGUAAUUUGCAUUUGUUUUUGUUGUUGUAAAAUCUUGUACAUUGUGAAUAAAUAGGCCUAGUGAAAACGCUUUUAUGCAAAUGUACAUAAUUUACAAAAUACCAAGCCCCGUUUCCUGGUCGAAGACGAAACAAUUUUGGCUGAGUUAAUUAAAUUUUCCAAGAACGUUAACUUGGAGAAAGUAUUAGAUUUACUCCUGGGUAUUUGUUUUUUGCAGAUGUAAGCAGGCUCAUGAGAAAACCUCUGUAUCUGAUGUUUAUUUACAUUUACUCCGUUGCUGAAAUAUAUUUGAUAAAAUGCUGGCAAGCCCACUGGAUCAGUGCGGGUUUAAUGGGGUCUCGGUAUACAAGUCAAAGUAGUGAACAUUUCUAAUAAGAACAAAAUGACAACGUGCACAUUAAAGGAAGUCCCGUGUCCACACGGACAGGGGAUGUUAUUUAUCAGUCGGCUCUUGUAAUUGAAAAUAUGGAGACAAUCAUAAUUUGCUCUUCAUUUCGAUCGAUUUUUCCGAGACAUUACAAAUGUCUACUUUCAGAAAUGUCAUCAUUACGAAUUCAUGUCAGACAUUAUAAUGUGUCAUUAUGAUAAUGGGAUGUAUUUGAGAACAGGAUCUUUUAAUGGCAAAAAUAAAUAGGCCUAUUGUUUCUCCUAAAAUUACGUUUUUGUCUUUAUUCAACAUUUUAG